AUACUUUCUAGCUCGGCCCGCCAUGAUGGUAUCUCCUGAUUCCCCAAGACUGGUACCCACCAAGAAGCGUAAGAAGGGCACCGAAUGUGUGCCCUCUAGUUCGAUCCCCCCGGCCCUCGCUCCUAUAUCUCCUCCAGCUCCUUCUGGAAUAUCAAAACUCAAUUCAGCACCUACAGAAAGCUUGGGAGAUGUCCCAGACAUUGAACCGGCAGAUGUCGCCCAUGCCAGAUGCCAUUGAGGGUCUCCAGGAUACCGAUGUCGAGUCCGACGUGUUCAGUGCCGAAAUACCGGAUGCCACAGCCGUCGAAGCGACUUCGGGCCCCGGCUUGUCGCCUCGUGUAUCCUGGAUCCAACUAUUACCAGGCCUGUCCGAAACGCCAUGUCCAUUACCAGAGCUCCUCUUGGAGCCAGCACCCCCAUUUCCCAGUGUCCCAACCCCAAGGUUUCAAGUCGGGGUAACAAAGGCGCUUGAGGGCAGGUGGACCCAUGGAAAGGCCUACUACUACGACUACGAGGCGGCAUAUGCGCGCCUUGAACUUUCCAGGAGUUUCUUCUGCUUGACAGACCCCCUGGGCACAUGCAUCAAGCCGACAUGCGUGCACUUUUGUGCCCCCUUUGGAAAAGAAUCCACGAUGGAUCGUGACGUAAUUCUGGUUGUGGUUCGGGAAUUGCUGCAGAGGUAUGCACAGGAUGUCCAGAGCACGUGGAGAAGGUUCUCGUGGGAUAUGGAGAGGUGGAGAAAUCGAAGACGGGACAUGGAAUUCAAGGCCCUCAAAGACAAUGCCUCGUAUGAUAGUAACAUCAUACAACAGGUCUAUAACUCGGAGGUUGACAAGGCUAACCGAGGAUGUUUUGAUCCGUUUUUCAUUGGGUAUGCCCCGGAUGGUAGCACUCAGAUGCAUGCCCAUCAACAUCGACUUCGGCUGAGCUCUCGGAAGACCUGUGCUAAUGCCCGUCUAGCCAAGUCGCCUUCUGCUGUUCUUGCGCCCCUGGCUGCUCCAGAGCCGUAG